GGGGAGACGAGCCAUGGAGACCAGGAAGCCGCCCCUGACGGAGCGUCGCGCCAACGUGCGGGCGGUGCCGCCUCCUCCGGGCAGCGCCGCCUCCCGCCUGCCCCGGCCCGGCGCCAAGCGGGGCCUCGACCAGGAGAACGGGGCCCGGCCCGACAAGAAGCGGCCCCGAGGACCCAGGAUGGCCGCCACCCUCGCCGCCUCCUCCACGCUGCCCUCCCUGCCUGGCUCGAGGGGACCCCAGAAACCGACAAUGCGCCCGGCCCCCGCCGCCGCCAGAGGGGUCGCCCGGAAGCCGCCGGCCGCCGCUGCCGCCAAGCCCGCGCCGACGGCGGCCCGCGCCUGGCGCCCGGCGGGCGAUGCCCGGGGGCAGCUGGCGGCCUGCCGGGCCCGGGCGGAGGCGCUGGGCACUGAGAGAGACGCCCUGCGGGAGGAGCUGGCGGCGUGCCGGGCCCGGGCCGAGGCGCUGGGCACUGAACUGGACGCCCUGCGGGCGCGGCUGGCCGAGGAGGAGGAGCGGGCCCGGGCGCUGGAGGCGCGGCUGGAGGCCCGGGAGGGCGAGCGGCGGGACUUGGAGACUGCGCUGGACGCCCGCCAGGCGCAGCUGUCGGCGGCGGAGGCGUCCCUGGCGUCCAGCCUGGCGGAGGCGGCGGCCCUGCGGGCGGAGCUGGCGGCCCAGGGCGAGCGCCUGCACGGGCUGGAGAUGUCCCGGCGGCGUCUCCACGACCAGGUCCAGGAGCUGAAGGGCAACAUCCGCGUGUUCUGCCGCGUGCGCCCGGCGCUGCCCGGGGAGCCGGCCCAGCGGCCGGGCCUGCUGGCCUUCCCCGCGCCCGCCCGCCUCAGCCUGGCGCGGCCCGCGGCGGGCGCCUCCUCCGCCUCCGCCUCCGCCUCCGCCCGCCACGACUUCGCCUUCGACCGCGUCUUCCCGCCGGGCAGCGGGCAGGACCAGGUGUUCGAGGAGAUCGCCCAGCUGGUCCAGUCGGCGCUGGACGGCUACCCGGUCUGCAUCUUCGCCUACGGGCAGACGGGCAGCGGCAAGACCUACACCAUGGAGGGCGAGGCCGGGGCGGAGGGGCUGAUCCCCCGGGCCGUGCGGCACCUCCUGGGCGCGGCGGGCGCGCUGCGCGGGCAGGGCUGGCGCUACGCCUUCGCCGCCGCCUUCCUGGAGGUCUACAACGAGACCGUCCGCGACCUGCUGGGCCCGGCGCCCGCCGCCCCCUGCCACCUCCGCCGGGCCGGGCCCGACGGGCGCGAGGUCACCGCCGUCGACGCCCGCCGCGUGCCCGUCGGCAGCCUGGAGGAGGUGGAGGAGCUGCUGAGGACGGCGCGGGCGCGUCGGGCGGUGGCCCGCACGGCCCAGAACGCGCACUCGUCGCGGAGCCACGGCCUGUUCCAGCUGCAGAUCUGCGGGGAGCACCCGGACCGCGGGAUCCGCACCCGGGCCACCCUCAGCAUGGUGGACCUCGCCGGCAGCGAGCGGCUCGGGGGCGUCCAGCACGGCGGCGGCGGCGACGACGACGACGGCGGCCACCGGCUGCGGGAGACCCAGGCCAUCAACUCCUCCCUCUCCGCCCUCGGCCUCGUCAUCAUGGCGCUCGCCAACAAGGAGCAGCACGUGCCCUAUAGGAACAGCAAGCUCACCUACCUGCUGCAGAACUCCCUGGGGGGCAGCGCCAAGACGCUGAUGUUCGUCAACAUCUCCCCGCUGGAGGAGAACUUCUCCGAGUCGCUCAACUCGCUCCGCUUCGCCUCCAAAGUGAACCAGUGCGUGAUCGGGACGGCCCAGGCCAACCGGAAAUGAGGCCGCAAGGCAUCCUGGGAAGGGGGGAUGGGGAGAAGAAGGG